UAAUAAAAACGUUUUGAACAUGAGAUGAUUAACAAUAUUUUCUAAAGGAAAAUCAUAGGAAUAGGAUAGACCGGUUGUUAAAGUAACAAGUGAAAUCAAAUUGGAAAAUCUUGUUCUACCUGUAGGUAUCAAUAAGUUCAGGUAUAACCGUACAUACAAAAUGGCGUCAGAAGUGAACGAGUGGUACAGAGGCAGGAAGGUCCUCGUGACCGGCGCCUCCGGCCUCAUGGGCAAGGUGCUGAUCGAAAAGCUUCUAUACAGUGUGCCCGACAUUGGGUGCGUGUAUGCCCUCGUCCGUAGCAAGCGAGGCAAGACGCCCGAAUCAAGGAUCGAGGAUAUGUGGAAACUACCUUUGUUCUCACGAAUAAGGGAGGAGAAACCGCAUGUAAUGAAAAAGGUUGUACCAGUUACGGGUGAUAUAUUGUACGAGGAACUCGGCAUUGAAAAGGCUCAGUUAGAGGAAAUUUAUGAAGAGGUAUCAAUAGUGUUCCACUUCGCCGCCAGCCUCCGCUUAGAAGCACCUCUUAAAGAAGGUCUGGAGAUGAACACCAAGGGAACACUCCGACUUUUAGAGAUGGCCAAGAAAAUGAAGAAACUCGUCUCGUUUGUGCACCUUUCUACCGCCUUCUGCUAUCCUGAUUAUGAAAGAAUGGCUGAAAAGGUACACGCCCCGCCUUCAAACCCUCACGAGGUGUUGCGAGCCGCAAGCUGGCUAUCGGAAGACCAGCUCAACAUACUAGCGCCAUCGUUGAUGCAGUUGCAUCCUAACUCAUACACGUACUCCAAGAGGCUGGCUGAAGCGUUGGUGAAGGAGAGCUACCCGGAUAUACCCACGGUCGUAGUGCGACCGAGCAUAGUAACUCCAGCCUACAAGGAGCCGACCCCCGGUUGGGUGGACAACCUGAACGGGCCGGUCGGGCUGAUGAUCGGCGCGGGCAAGGGCGUCAUCCGCUCCAUGCACUGCUACGGCCACUACCACGCCGAGGUCAUCCCCGUGGACAUCGCCAUCAACGCCAUCAUACUCAUCCCCUACUACAUUAACACCAAGAUAGACAGGCCUGCAGAAAUACCAGUCUUUAAUCUAACUUCUGGCGAUGAUAGAGACACGACCUGGAAGGAGGUCCUCGACGUGGGGAAGGCAACAGUGAGGAAGUACCCCUUCGAAGGUCCGCUGUGGUACCCCAACGGAAACAUAAGGCACAAUAAACUAAUACACGAACUCUGCGUGUUCUUCUACCACAUCGUUCCAGCUUAUCUAAUAGACUUCCUGAUGCUUAUAUUUGGACAGAAGAGAUUCAUGGUGCGCAUACAGAAUCGUAUUUCAGUGGGUCUGAUGGUCCUACAAUACUUCACUACACGCGAGUGGUGGUUCGACACGCACAACUUCAAGGCUCUAGCGACCAAGCUGAACCCCACGGACUUUGCGACCUUCCCGAUGAAUCUGAAGAUCAUUGAAGUGGGGCCCUACAUCGAGAGCUGCAUGAUAGGCGGCAAACUGUACUGCUUGAAGGAGAAGUUGGAGAAUCUACCGAAAGCGAGACUGCAGAAUAACAUAUUAUUCGUCUUGGAUUUUCUAGUGUCUGUAUUCUUCCAUCUACUCGUUGUGUACUGGAUGGUUCUACUGUUUGAACCUCUAAGACAUCUGCUCUCAUAUGGUGGACCCUUUGUGAGAUAUUUACCUCUCGUCGGAAAAGCUGUAUUCAGGGAUGAAUGAAGAAACCGGAUUCUAAUAUUGACAGAUUUUUUGAACAUCGGUGCCAAAUUGCCUGUUUAUCGAUAUUCUACAGGAUAUACUUAUUUCAGAGGGUGUGCCCAAGAACAACGUGACUUGGUUUGUCCUUCACCUUUCCACUAUCAAGCUGCAAGGCAUCGUCAAGUUCUGCACCCGUACGUAGACGAAAUUCCUCGUACAAAGCAAUUUGUCUCCUCGUUUCUAAUUCACACCGCUAGGACAUGGAACGCCCUUUCGACGUCAGUUCUCCCCUCAACUUUUAAUAUGAGUACCUUUGAAGACAAGAAUGAAUAGGUAUCUUCUAGGCAAGCGCGGUCCAUCUUAAUAUGCUGCAUGAUCACUUGCCAGCAGGUCUGAAUGCAGCCAAGCGCUAGUCUAUAAAUUAAAAAAAAAACAAGAUCAGGUUGCAUUGUUAGCUAGCGGUAAUAAUAUCUUAAGCGCCGUAUAUCACGCAAACUGUGAAAAGGGAUUUGUUUACCUGUUAACCAUCACCAUUCUGAAAACUCAUUUUAAGGAAUGAAGUUUUUUUUUUGUUCACUUGGCCAGUGUGGUGGACUCUUUUCAUUCUGCGAGGAGACCCAUGUUCAGGUGGGCCGACGAUGGGUUGAGAUGAUGAUGAUGAAGAAAAUAAGAUUGUCAUCAUACAUUUAGUAUACUAAAAAUGCUUUGCUUGCAACUGGUCUCGAAAUGCUCAACGUUUAUAACUCUAGAUAACAAAUGUAGAUGUUAUGUAUUUACAGGACAUGGAUAGGGCUCUUAAGUACAAGCUCUCAAAUACACAAAAUAUCACAUUUGUAUUAAACAAUCCAGUUCAUAUAUAAUGUGCUUGUGAGUGUAUCUAUGUUUAAAAUCUAAAUUAAGUAAGUAUAAUAUCAAUAGAUAAUAAGUUAGUUUUAAAUAAGCUUUAAUUGUUGUAAGUUGGUAUUUUAAAAGUUAUUUUUAACUGUAGCUACCCCCCUACAUAUCGUACCUACCCUUGUAUUUCCCUACCUAAUAAAUAAAAUCAAACU